AUGAAGCUGCCUGAGUCCAGUCUUUGUCUCCUGCUGCUGUUGGGACUUGUCCUAAUGCUUGCCUCAUGCCAGGCACAAAUCCUUUCCCAGAAGUUUUACACCGAGUAUAUCUAUAAUAGCACCUACCCCCGAUGUGAUGCUGUAAUGAGGGUUGUUAACAGGUAUAGACCAAGAUGUAAGGACAUAAAUACUUUUCUUCACACAAGUUUUGCUGAUGUUGUUGCUGUGUGUGGCCAUCCAAAUAUCACCUGCAACAACUUGACAAGAAAAAAUUGUCAUGCUAGUUCAUUUCAGGUAUUUAUAACUUUUUGUAACCUCACUACGCCGACAAGAAUAUGCACACAAUGCAGAUACCAAACGACAGGUUCAGUGAAGUACUACAGAGUAGCCUGUGAGAACAGAACUCCACAAGACACUCCCAUCUAUCCAGUGGUUCCAGUUCACUUGGAUGGGACAUUUUAG